UUUUCUCGUCAUAUAUUUCUGUUUUUGUUUUCCUUGUAAUCUUGUUGAAUUUCUCUAGAUCUUCUCCUUUUUUUAUCCAAAAUUCUUCAAAAGUUACUUUAUGGAUACAUUGUUGGUUGAUUCAAUAAAGAAGUUUGAUUUGUGUGUUUGUUCAACGCCAGCUUUGCCUUUUGAUAUCUUUGUUUUUGAUCGUCAUAGUCAACCUUGUAUUUGUUUCUAACCUUUGUUACCUGGAGGAGCUGUCACCAUGGGUAGAAGAAGUUCACAACGUAGGAAUGCUGCUAUGCUGGAUAGUGAUGACACGGAUAGCGUGAGUUCAUCGUCAACUACUCGGUCGGAUAUGAUGUUGUCUGGUUUGGAGGAGGUUCAGUUUGAUAAGGAGACUGUCCUUGAUCAAUGCGUGGACGCCCUUUACGAGAAAAGGGGCUCAACAAGAGAGAAGGCUUUGACAUCUAUUAUAGAAGCAUUCAAUAGCAACAUACAACAUGAAUUUGUCGAAAAGAAGUUUGCUACAUUAUUGCAACAAUGUUUGAGUUCCAUUAAACGUGGUUCCUCCAAGGAGAUAGCUUUGGCAUCUCAUGUUAUUGGGCUUCUUGCUUUAACUGCUGGCCCUGGGGACAAAGCACACGAGAUCCUGGAAGAAUCAGUAUCACCUAUCUCAGACGCUCUUAAAUCUCGGUCUGAUAAUUCUAAAAUAUCCUCGCUACUUGAGUGUUUGGCCAUUAUUACCUUUGUUGGUGGCGAAGAACCGGAGGAAACAGAAAAGUCGAUGCAAUUGAUGUGGCAAGUCAUUAAUCCAAAACUGGGUCCUAAUGUGGCUACUGCUAAACCUUCACCAGCAAUGAUAACAGCAGUUGUAUCUUCUUGGUCUUUCCUCCUUACUACCAUGGAUGGAUGGACACUUAACCCAAAAAGUUGGCAAGGGUCAAUCUCCUACUUCUCAACUCUUCUAGACAAGGAAGACCGAUCUGUGCGCAUUGCAGCAGGCGAAUCACUUGCUUUAGUUUUUGAAGUCGGGAGUUUGGAAAAGUUUUCUGGUGAAUCUAAAGGAUCUAGUGACAGCUCCACCACAGAUGAAGCUAACAAAUCUAGGGAAUUAUUACAUAUACAGGGAUUAAGGGCAAAAGUCCUGAACCAGGUAAGAAUCCUUUCGGCAGAGGCUGGAGGUAAAGGAUCAGCCAAGAAGGAUCUCAACAACCAAAGAAACACAUUUCGAGAUAUACUGGAAUUUCUUGGGGAUGGGUAUAGUCCCGAGUCCUCAACCAAGAUUGGUGGUGAACCAUUUAGCACAACUACUUGGGCUCAACUGAUACAGUUAAACUUCCUAAAGCACUUCCUUGGAGGAGGAUUCGUGAAGCAUAUGCAGGAAAAUGAGUUUCUUCAUGAUGUAUUUGAAUUCACACCAAAGAAGAAACUCCCGGGUUCUGAGCAACGUGUAUCUGGAACUGAAAAGAGAAUGUACAAGUCACCAAAUUCAGCCCUUAACAAGGCCAGGACUCAGUUCAUCAACAAGCAAAGAAUGUUGUCCCAGGACAAGAAUGUCGGCUACUAUACAGGUGGUGAUGAAUUCUGAAUAACAGCAGUUGCUGCCGCACAGUUGUCAGCCUAAACAUCGAAGGACAAUUGUCGUUCGUGUCAUAAUUAUUCAUUCAUAGUCGCAGAUUUAAUGAACCAAAUGAUAAACAAAAUGGGUAGUUAUUUGAUCAUGUUGGUUGCUACUUGGUAGUAUUACUUAUUCUUCUUUUUCCUCAAGUAAUAAUUAUAUUUGAUUUGGUGCCUCUGAUGGUGUUCAUCAGUAGUGCAUGAGUAAAGCCAGCCACUCCUCUCUGUGCAUUUUAUGUUUCUAUUGGAAUAUAGUAUUAAUAGAUGAUUCA